AUAGAGACUGUAUUUUCAGUUCUACUCAUUCCAUUCCAUUCUAAAAUCAAUACAUCAAGCUAACUCGUCUAAUUGAUCAUGGCUACCAAAAACAUUAGCUUGGAAGAGAUCAAGAACGAGAACGUCGACCUUGAACGGAUUCCAGUUGAAGAAGUGUUUCAGCAGCUCCAAUGCACAAGAGAAGGUUUGUCAUCGGAGGAAGGCCAGAAAAGGUUGCAGAUUUUUGGCCCUAAUAAGCUUGAAGAGAAAAAGGAAAACAAGUUAUUGAAAUUUCUGGGUUUUAUGUGGAAUCCACUUUCUUGGGUUAUGGAAGCAGCUGCUAUCAUGGCUAUUGCUUUGGCCAAUGGAGGAGGUAAACCACCAGAUUGGCAAGAUUUUACGGGUAUUGUAGUUUUGCUUAUCAUCAACUCCACCAUUAGUUUCAUUGAAGAGAACAAUGCAGGCAAUGCUGCAGCUGCUCUUAUGGCUGGUCUUGCUCCUAAAACAAAGGUGCUAAGAGAUGGAAGGUGGUCUGAACAAGAGGCAGAAAUUUUGGUGCCUGGGGAUAUUGUUAGUAUCAAAUUAGGAGAUAUUGUUCCAGCAGAUGCUCGUCUUCUAGAAGGAGAUCCUUUAAAGAUCGAUCAAGCUGCACUUACUGGUGAAUCCUUGCCUGUAACCAAAAACCCAGGCGAUGAAGUAUUUUCUGGUUCUACUUGCAAGCAAGGAGAGAUUGAGGCUGUUGUAAUUGCUACGGGAGUUCAUACCUUUUUCGGUAAAGCUGCUCAUCUUGUUGACAGUACUAACAAUGAAGGGCAUUUCCAAAAAGUUCUGACAGCAAUUGGGAAUUUCUGCAUUUGCUCUAUUUUUGUGGGAAUGGUUGUAGAGAUUAUAGUAAUGUACCCAAUUCAAAAACGUAAAUAUCGCGAUGGAAUUGACAAUCUUUUAGUCCUUCUCAUUGGUGGUAUUCCAAUUGCUAUGCCUACUGUGUUGUCUGUUACAAUGGCUAUUGGGUCCCACCGCCUCUCGGAACAAGGUGCUAUUACUAAGAGAAUGACUGCCAUUGAAGAAAUGGCCGGAAUGGAUGUGUUGUGUAGUGAUAAGACUGGAACUCUCACUCUCAACAAGCUUACAGUUGAUAAAAGCUUGAUUGAGGUAUUUGUAAAGGAUGUGGACAAAGACACAGUGAUUUUGCUUGGUGCUAGGGCUUCUAGAGUUGAGAAUCAAGAUGCUAUUGAUGCUUGUAUUGUUGGAAUGUUGGGUGAUCCAAAAGAGGCGAGAGCAGGCAUCACCGAGGUGCAUUUCUUGCCAUUUAACCCAGUAGAAAAGCGCACAGCUAUUACAUACAUUGAUUCAGAUGGCAACUGGCAUAGGAUUAGCAAAGGCGCACCAGAGCAGAUCAUUGAACUUUGCAAUCUCAAGGAUGACGCAAAGAAGAAAGCUCUUGCUAUCAUUGAUAAAUUUGCUGAUCGUGGUCUUCGCUCUCUUGCUGUUGGCAGACAGACUGUACCAGAGAAAAACAAAGAGAGCCCUGGAUCCCCAUGGCAAUUUGUUGGUCUCUUGCCUCUUUUUGAUCCUCCAAGGCAUGAUAGUGCAGAGACAAUUGCUCGUGCUCUUAAUCUAGGUGUCAAUGUGAAGAUGAUCACUGGUGACCAGCUUGCAAUUGGUAAGGAGACUGGUCGAAGGCUCGGAAUGGGAACCAAUAUGUAUCCUUCUUCUGCUCUUCUAGGACAAACAAAAGAUGAGUCUAUUGCAGGACUUCCUGUCGAUGAACUUAUCGAAAAGGCUGAUGGCUUUGCUGGAGUCUUCCCUGAGCAUAAAUAUGAAAUUGUGAAGAGGUUGCAAGAUAGGAAACACAUUUGUGGAAUGACUGGAGAUGGUGUGAAUGAUGCUCCAGCAUUGAAAAAGGCUGAUAUUGGAAUUGCAGUGGCUGACGCUACUGACGCAGCACGGGGUGCAUCUGAUAUAGUACUUACAGAGCCAGGUUUGAGUGUGAUAGUGAGUGCGGUGUUAACAAGCAGAGCAAUUUUCCAGAGAAUGAAGAACUACACAAUUUAUGCAGUUUCGAUAACAAUUCGUAUUGUUCUUGGGUUCAUGCUUCUUGCUCUUAUCUGGAAAUUCGAUUUCUCACCUUUCAUGGUUCUGAUCAUUGCCAUACUUAAUGAUGGAACUAUCAUGACUAUUUCUAAAGAUAGAGUGAAGCCAUCUCCUAUUCCUGAUUCAUGGAAGCUUAAGGAGAUUUUCGCUACUGGUGUUGUGCUUGGUGCCUAUUUAGCUAUCAUGACUGUUGUGUUCUUCUGGGUUGCUCACAGUUCUGAUUUCUUCACAGAGAAGUUUGGUGUUAGAUCUAUCAGAGAAAACCAUGAUGAGCUUACAGCUGCAGUGUAUCUCCAAGUGAGCAUAGUAAGUCAGGCACUAAUUUUCGUUACAAGGUCUCGCAGCUGGUCUUUUGUCGAACGCCCUGGUCUUCUGCUAGUGACUGCCUUUCUCAUUGCCCAACUGAUUGCUACAAUCAUUGCUGUGUAUGGCGAUUGGAAAUUUGCUAGGAUCCAGGGUAUUGGAUGGGGAUGGGCUGGUGUUAUUUGGCUCUACAGCAUUGUUUUUUAUGUUCCUCUUGAUGUUCUCAAGUUUAUUAUCCGAUACGCUUUGAGCGGAAAAGCCUGGGACAACCUAGUACAAAACAGGACUGCUUUCACAACAAAGAAGGAUUACGGAAGAGGAGAAAGGGAAGCACAAUGGGCUGCUGCACAAAGGACUCUGCAUGGACUUCAGCCACCUGAAACUGCAGAACUUUUCCAAGACAAAAACUACAGGGAAUUGUCCGAAAUUGCCGAGCAGGCCAAGAGGCGUGCAGAAGUUGCCAGGUUAAGGGAGCUGCAUACACUGAAGGGACAUGUUGAAUCAGUGGUGAAGCUGAAAGGACUCGACAUUGAGACCAUUCAACAGCACUACACUGUUUGAAUGCUGCAAGUGAAGUGGUGUCUGACGGCGAAAGAACUUUGGACGAGGAGAGUGAAACCUAUAUAUUUAUCAAAUAUUAGGAUUGCAAAUUCUUUUCGUUUCCAAAAGAAUCCUCGUUUUUUGAUGAGGAUUUUGUAGAAUGCAAGGGUUGGGAAUAAAACAUGUAAAGAUUGUCUAUUGAGACUGAUCUUCGGGGUUGGAAAGUGAAUAAGCUGAUCAAGAUAGCAUGUGUUUCGCUAUAUUUGUACUCUUGUUACUAUGCAUUUUCAAUGUGAUUCCCUCUUUUUGCUUCUGGCAU